AUGGCUGAACAACAGGAGGCGAAAAGACUAGCUGCUUUGGCCAGGGCUAAGGUGAACAUACAGAAUUUGGGUCAACAAGUACAUCACCAGAACCCUGAUGAUGAAGACUUUGGUGAUGAUCGUGAUGCUGCAACAACUUUCUCUGACAAGAUGUCCAUGGAGGACAUAAUGGAAAAGUGGUUCAAGGGAGUGGAAUCUUCUAACUUGGGGAGAAAAUGUGGUACUUUACCUAUUGAUACGGUUCAGAAUCCGUGGAAUAAUGGAUCAUGUAUGGAAAUCACCACUCGGAGUGGUAAGGUAAUUGUUGAUGAACCUGAAGAAAGUAAUCCAGUGGAGUCUAAGAAACUGGAUAGUUCUACUGAUGAUUCGGAGAAGGAAAAUGAGAAGGAAGAGGAAGUGGUUUUAAAGACUAUCCAUAGACCACCACCUCCAUUUCCUCAACGGUUGAAAAAAAAGGUCGAUAAUGCAAAAUUCGGCAAGUUCAUGGCAAUGCUCCAGAAAUUGACAAUUAAUGUGCCGUUGAUUGAGGAACUUGAACAAAUGCCAGGCUAUGCACAGUUCAUGAAAGACUUCAUCACAAAGAAGAGAAACGUCAGCAGUGAGCAAGUGGACAAUCUCCAUUGCAGCGUGCGUGAAUCUAUGCCACUGGCUGUAUAUAGGAAGCUCGGUUUAGAAGCUCCGACAUCCACUAACAUACGAUUGAUAAUGAAAGAUAGGUCGAUAAAAUGGCUUGUUGGAAUUUUACAUGAUGUGUUGGUGAAAGUAGCAGACUUUAUUCUUCCUGCGGAUUUUGUGGUACUGGAUUGUGAUUUAGACUUUGAGGAUUUAGUAUGGAGCAGGAACUUUCCAAUGAAACCAAAAAGAAAGAGCCCCACAACAUCAAAGAAAGAGGGCAAAGAAAGUGUACGUCGUAAGCUCAUCGAUGAGGAAUCUAAUUAUGAGGAGGAGGAACCCUUUCUCAGAAAGCAAAAGAAGAAACCAAGUCCAAAGAAACAUUCACAACCUCCACCCAUUGAAGUUGAGAAUAGUAAUGAAACUAAAAUAACAACAACUUUUGAGCAAGAGGGUUCUGAACAGCAUAAGUCUGAACAUACUAAAUCUGAAGAAGAGGAGCAAGAAGAGUCUGAGGAGUCUGAGUUUGAGAAAAUAGCAUCGGGGUCCACAUCUACUAAACAACAAAAAGAGAAAGAGUCUCCAUCUCGGGGAACACUUAUCAAAUAUAAGAAACCCAAAGUUCAAGACAAUGCUAGGUGGUAA